AUGGUAAUACUUGAACCUCCAUCUUGGAAUAUGCUACCCAACAUACUUGGGCUUUUCGCUCUUAUAGGUGCUGCAAAUGCAGACUUGCAGCCUUUCUACCAGUCCGCAGGCUAUGAUAUGAGUCAAUAUGGUGCCUGGCCAUUGCAAUCAUAUCUCUCUUCACGAAUCUCAGGCCCAAUUCUCAACUAUUGGAAUCGCAGCGAGGCUUGCGAAAAAGAAUCAUAUACAUUGAUCGCACCGCGUGGGGAUUCAGUCAGGCACACUGGACCGAUGAUCCUCGAUCAGAAUGGGAAUCUGGUAUGGUUUCAGGAGUACCCAACGACAUAUAAUUUCAACAUACAAUCUUUUCGUGGGGAGGAUUAUCUCACCUUUUGGGCCGGAAAUGAUGGCAUCGGAGGACAUGGUGAUGGGAUACUCUACAUGCUCAACUCGCGAUAUGAAGAGGUGUACAAGAUUCGCGGUGUGAAUGGUCUUCCGGCAGAUAUGCACGAAUUUCAGAUCACGCGCGAUGACACUGCCUUGCUCGUCUGGUAUGACAAACAACCUGCGGAUCUGCGGGUUGUCGGCAGAUCUGAGAACGGCUGGAUAUAUGAUGGCGGCUUCCAAGAAGUGGACAUUGAAACAAAUGAACUGCUCUUUCAGUGGCGGGCAUCUGAUCAUUUCAAAUUGACUGAUGGCUAUCGAGGCCCGGAUGAAAGAGGCGACUCCGACGACGUGCCAUGGGACUUCUUCCAUAUCAAUAGCGUCGACAAAGACUCCCGCGGCAAUUUUUUGGUCUCAUCUCGGUACAUGAGCUGUCUUGCUUAUGUGGAUGGAAAGACUGGGGAUGUGAUCUGGAGGCUGGGCGGAAAAUACAAUUCCUUUCAAGACUUAUCAGACGGUUCCGCGACAAACAUGAAAUGGCAGCAUCAUGCAAGGUUUCACAAAGUGUCAGAAGUGCCCUUGGGCUCUAAACCUGCUUCACACCGAGCGAUUACUCUGUUCGACAACUCAUCCCGCGGAAAAGGAGCCACAGAACGGACCAGCCGUGGGUUAUUCCUUGAUAUCAACGAGCAAGAUAUGACCGUACAGGUGAGACAUGAAUAUUGGAACCCAAUUCCAAUUAGUAGUCAGUCUCAGGGCUCAUUGCAAGUGCUCGAUAAUGGCAAUAUAUUAAUUGGAUAUGGGUACAAUGCUGCGUGGACCGAGUUCUCCGUGAAUGGCGAUGUAUUGUGUGAGGCGCAUUUCGGGCCAGCGGGAGGGUUUGGGACUGGCAAUAUCAUUUCAUACCGCACCUUCAAGCACAAAUGGACCGGAAGGCCGGCUUCCUCCCCCGACGUGGCUUUUGCGGAGACUCAUGUUGCAGUGAGUUGGAAUGGGGCCACAGAUGUAGCGACGUGGGUUCUGGAAGGGAUCGGUCAUGCAGCAAAUUGGACGGGCAGUGCAGAAUCUGACCUGAAUGGGUUUGCAGUUGUCUCCUCUGUGCCCAAGUCCGGCUUCGAGACCGACAUUCCUGUACCUGAUCAAAUACCUUAUCGACGGCUGCGGGUUGUUGCUCUUGACCAGAACGGCGCAAUUCUGGGCCAGACGACUCCCGUCAAUUGGACCCCAGAUCAAUUUCGAAAUGAGGUGUUAGUUGUUUCAGGCGAAGAAGGGAGUUUGCCUCAAAAAGGCAUCGGAAGAAUUUUGCUGUUAGUCUUCGUGCCUCUGUCUGCGGCGGUGGUUGUGUUUUGCCUGUGGCUUGGAAGACAGCAUCUUCAACUCCAUACGUGGAGAUUGACGUUCUACCACAGUCUUGACCAAGGGGCUAACUCUGAGGUAUGGCUCCCACUGAGGGUCUCGAAUGAUUUGGAAAGGGAGGAGGAAAGAGAGGAAAGAGAGCGACUGGAUGAGCCCAUCGAUUUAGAACAUUGUGAUCAAGACGUUGCGCUUCUUGGAAAGCAGAGGAGCCGUGGGCUAUUUAUGUUAUGA